AUGUGGCCUGCACCUCGCUGCUAUUUUCCAAGCUCGCGGCCACUCACUCUCCUAUCUCACUUUCCACCGCAUCGCCGCGACGUGUUCCUACACCUUAUAACACACCCUCAGCAUCGCCACACGCCCCGCAUAUGCCACGCCGCUGGGUUUCCAGAUGUCACGACGCCCGUAUUCCGCCCGUAUCUCACGCGGCAAGACAUCUGUGUUUCAAGCCCAUAUCCGCCGUAUCCCACGCUGCAGGAGGCAAGCAACCCUCUCUCAACCACGCUAGAUAAGAGGCCCCCCCCACCCCCUCAUGUUCUCAAAACGGGGACCCCUUUCGAAUGUCGCCCAUUCAUUUCUGUGUACUUCCAUCUCCGCCUCACUCUCUUCCUUCACCUCUCCAAUCUCGUCCUCCGCUCUCCCUUCCAUCUCUCCCCGCUGACCCUAACACCUCCCCCUCUUUGCCUUACUCCCCUCUCCACCCUUACCCCUCUCUACCUUACUCCCCUCUCCACCCUUACCCCACUCUACCUUACUCCCCUCUCCACCCUUACCCCUCUCUGCCUUACUCCCCUCUCCACCUCACCCCUCUCUGCCUUACUCCCCUCUCCACCCUCACCCCUCUCUGCCAUACUCCCCUCUCCACCCUUACCCCUCUCUGCCUUACUCCCCUCUCCAACUCACCCCUCUCUACCAUACUCCCCUCUCCACCCUUACCCCUCUCUGCCUUACUCCCCUCUCCACCCUUACCCCUCUCUGCCUUACUCCCAUCUCCACCUCACCCCUCUCUGCCAUACUCCCCUCUCCACCCUUACCCCUCUCUGCCUUACUCCCCUCUCCAGCCUCUUUCCCAAGAGAACUACACCAUCUUGCACCUAG